AGGAAACAACAACGCCGUUUUAAUUCGGUGAAUAUUCUUCACGACUCUCUCUCAUUUCUCUCCAACGACUUCAAAAGGACAUGCAGUCACAAAAAGUCGUCCAAAAACUGCAGAAGAUUUAGAAACCGUUAAAGCAGUUAAAACAUGCGAUGAAAACAUUCUUUUGUAAUCGACGGCUAGAGUUAAGCAGCGGGGAAGAGCCGGCGAGUAUUUCCAGUCAGGAAUCACCGGACUCGCGUGUCAGAGCGCUGGAGACGCACGGAGACGCACAGAUCCGCGUCCGUCAGAACCGCACCUGAUCUGAGGCAACACACUAACAUAAAGACUGAACAUAUUCAACUUAUUAUUCUCUACAGUCUAUUAUUAAUAGACUAAAUUGUAUGCCUUAAUGUAACAAACAGAUGUAGAGCUCUGCAGAGCUAAACAAACCCUUAAGACUAAAAUAUAAACUAAAAUAGGCUAAUUCAGAAUGACCUAAAAGAAGAAGAAAAAACCUGUCAUUUAAAAUGUGCUGAUAUAAAAACAACAUGUUUUGGAUGAUGAUCAUCAGAUUCCCAUCAAGAAGAGGAAGGCUUUUCAAUCAGCUUGUAAACAAUUUCAAUUUCUAUAUUAGGCUGCACAAUUUACUGCAGAAAUAUAACACUAGUCUAGAAACAAGUGCUAUUUUCCUGGAGAAUCUUCUUGGCACAAAGACCGUUUUUCCACAGAUUCUACAUGACAAACUGUCAAGCAUUUCAGAGCGGAUGAUGAAUUUAAACAAGCAAUGCCAUAUGUUGUUUGCUUCGCUGUUAUUUGUAGAGUCCUGAUGGAAAUCUGGAAAAUAUUAGGAGAUAAUGCUGUCAAAAUGAUUGAUUCUCUAAUAGUUGUUACAUCCAUUUUGGAGUUUAAAGGAAUAUUCUGGGUUUAAUACAAGUUAAGCCCAAUUGACAGCACUGACAGAAAAAGUUUAUAAGUGAUUUUUACACUAAAAUCAAGCUAAAAUAUUGUUUACAUCUUUUGGCUAUACUAUUGCAACAUUUAGUAAUAACACUUACAUUAGCGUUAACAUUUACAGUAUAUUAUAUUCACUUCCAUUAUAAUUGCCUCGCUGUAACACUGAUAUUUCCUAAGUAGAAAAUGAUUUUUUUUCUGGUAAUAAACGUUGAGCUUGUAUUGAGCUUGGGGUUAAACUAAUCAAAUAUCAGAUUUCAGAUAAAUUCAGUUGCAAAGUAUAGGCUACUAAUACUCUGGCAAAACAAAUGAUUUCCUCCGACACAUUACUUUAUAAGCUUUACUAUAUACACUGAUGAAUCUGGACAUCUUCUCUCUGUCUGCAAUAUGAAUGAGCUCUGUGAUCUGUGACAUGAAGUUCAGCAGGAUGGACAGCUCUCUUCUCCCACGGGCAGAAAUUUCUUCCAACCCAUCACUCCGACAGACAGACAACUUGCACCCCAUAAACCACCAGGCACAAAGAAGAACAAGUCACAAAGACAAUUCAGCGAUUCCUUCUGUAGAUGUUUUCAAGAAACACUAUGUUUCUGCUAGCAGGUCCUGUGAAGUCAUGAUGCUGUAGACACCAGGAGCUAAAUCUCAAAAGGAUGAAGAUCAGGAUGUUGCCUAGAAUAUACAAUCUUGUAUUUCUUUGUCCUGUAUAAGCAAAAUAAUUUUUUGACAUCCACUUGAAUGAUCUGAACCAGGAUGGCCAAACCGUUCUACAGACUACGGCACUUUUUAAGGCGGGCUCAGCUGCUUCUGUUUUUUCUGGGUGUGGCUUACAUCAUGGCAGGAAGCGUGUUACUGCUUCAGCGCUCCAGUGUGCUAACAUUUCAGAGAGAAACAGAUACCGCGGCGCUACCUUCACUACCAGCGCCACCUAGAUCCCUGGAGCUACCUGCUGCCAGGUGGUUGUACAGAAGAAAUGUCAUCCAAGUCAUGGAGAACCAACCUCUUGAUCAGACAGACAGCAGAAAGGACCAAAAGCACUUCAUAUCUCGUAAUCUGGAGAUCAGGCAUUUGAGACGCCACUGGUUCCAUGAUAAUGCUGAACAGAAAAGCUCUUCUGAACAUAAUCUGUCACACAAGAAAGCCAGACAUAAAGGGACCUACAUCGGAUGUUUUAUAAACAAUGAAACAGAGCACGCACUCGGCGGGACUAUUCUUUAUGAUUUCCGCAAAAUGACCAGCGCCUUGUGUCAGGACACCUGCUCUGAGAGUGGGUUCCGGUAUGCUGGGCUGGAGUAUGGAGCAGAGUGUCACUGUGGAAAUCGGGUCUGUGCCCGCCGGGCUCGGGGUGAGGACUGUAAUCUCGAUUGCCGUGGAGAGAAAGGAACCCGCUGUGGAGGAGUGGGACGCAUGUCUGUUUACAGAGUUGAGGAUCGACUUCCAGGACAGAGGAGAUACAGAACUGUGCACUACCACGGCUGUUACAAGAAGCCACAGAACUCUACCGCUGACUUCCUGAUUCAGACCUCUGGCCCGACACACACUACUCAGCAGUGUAUCGAGACCUGUACAGAUCAGGACCUGCCACUGGCCCUUUUGAGAGGGCAGGACUGUUUCUGCAGCCAUGUCCCAUUUCUCUUCACAAUCCAGAUGAGUGAACAGGAAUACAUGUGUGAGAGGAGCAACAAAACAAACCACACCUCUCAUUAUGACCUUGACUACUACUGGGUGUACAGUACUCCUGUGCUAGAUGCAACGUGUAAAGAAAGGACAUUUCUGCCCCAGAAGUCCAGCACUCUUGUGGCCCUGUCCAGCUUUCCAGGGGCAGGAAACACCUGGUUACGUCACCUGAUUGAACUCGCCACUGGAUUCUACACCGGCAGCUAUUACUUUGAUGGAUCUCUAUACAACAAAGGUUUUAAAGGAGAGAAAGAUUACUGGCAGAGCGGGAGAGUCAUCUGCGUCAAGACUCAUGAAAGCGGCCAGCGAGAGAUCGAAAUGUUCGACUCGGCCAUCCUGCUGAUGCGAAACCCCUAUCGUUCUCUAAUGGCAGAGUUCAACCGCAAGUGUGCCGGACACCUGGGCUACGCGUCAGAUGUUCACUGGAGGAGCAAAGAGUGGUCCGAGUUUGUGGACAGCUAUUCAUCCUGGUGGGUGUCUCAUGCUCUGGCCUGGUUGCGGUUUGCCCACCGCCUGCUGGUGGUACACUUUGAAAAUCUACAGAAAGAUCUAGUCCCUCAGUUAAAGACCAUCACCAAUUUCCUGAACACCAGCAUUCCCGAGGAAAGACUUCUGUGCACAGAGAGCAACAGAGAUGGCCAUUUUAAACGCUCUGGAUCACGUAGCCUGACCUUUGACCACUUCACCCCCGAAAUGAAAGCUCGUAUAGAUGAAUACAUCCACACAGUAGAUAAAGCCCUCAGAGACAGAAACCUUGACGGCCUACCACAGGAGUACAUGCCCAGGUGAGGAUUCAUGAACACAGCUGCUGUCCUCUGCUGGAGGGAGGACACAGAAACACAAAGUGCCUGAGUAAAAACACAACUGUGCUCUCAAAGUUUUUGCUGUCUGUUGUUUUAUUUGUGCUUUAUGUUUGUGGUUGUGCUGUCACCAGUUUGAUGGCAUUGUGAAGACUGUCUAAUUAGUAUGUUUUAUCAUU